UCGUGUUCCCUCACUCUCCUAUCUGUUGUGAUGUUUAAUCUGUGCAAACGCAGAGAGGAGCUGCGUGUGAUCGCACGUUUUUCCAAAGGCUAGCGGAGAAAAUGACUGGAAGCGCAGGGAGCAGUAAAGGAGUCAGGCUUGGGUUAAUGACGCUUGAGGGACUCCUUUAAACACCUGUGUGUGUCUAUGCAUGUGUCAGAAACGUGCUGAACUUGCACAAGUGCAUCUACCUAUACUUCUGUGAUCUAUCUUAACGGCGUAGUUGUCAUUUUGAAGCUUCAUUCGUUUCAAGUUUUAAGCAGAAAAAAGAAUCUAAAAUGCUAAGGGUUGCGCGGUGAUGUACCUACUGGGAAUAUGGUACUUGACUUUUUAUGAUACCAAACCCUCCUCACCUGUAUCAUCUACUUUCUUCCUUUCUGUAUUCGUUCUAAAGAAAACCGAAAGGGGAAAACUACAGGAUGACAAACGGGAGGUUGAUGUUUGGUUACUUUUUGGUCAAAGUUCUGGUAGCGGAAUGCGACGCCGGAGGCGGACCUGGGCAGCAGAACCUGGAUGGAUUCGUGACGGUUUCGGGGUCCAACGGAUCAGCGGACAAUAGCUUUUCACAAAGCCCGCACACAGAAGACCGAUGCCGUGGAUAUUACGAUGUGAUGGGCCAGUGGGAUCCACCGUUCGUUUGCAAGACCGGCAAUUAUUUGUACUGUUGCGGGACUUGUGGUUUCCGCUUCUGCUGCGCCUUUAGGAGCUCGCGCCUCGAUCAAGAGACCUGCAAAAACUACGACACUCCUAUAUGGAUGAUGACGGGCCAGACCCCGUUCAAAAAGAACGACCCCAGGCAUGAUCCCACCAAGGAUAAAACUAACUUGAUUGUCUACAUAAUUUGUGGAGUAGUGGCCAUCAUGGCGCUUGUUGGGAUAUUCACCAAACUUGGACUGGAAAAGGCUCACCGACCACAGAGAGAGAAUAUGUCCAGGGCCCUUGCUAAUGUGAUGAACCAACAAGGUCCCUGCCCUGGAGAUCAUCCGCGUGAAGACGGCUUGGGGAUGCACGUUCCUCACUAUGAAAACAUUCAGGCUAGAGCAACGGCGAACAGUCUCCAGGGCGCCCAGGUAAACCACAUAGGCCCCGGCUCUCCACUGUCACCCACCAUGACUCAGCCUCACUCGUACCCGGCCCUGGGCCAGCUGGUCCACGCAUACGAGCAGCCGCAGCCCAACAAGGAGAUGAACAAGUACGCCUCGCUCAAGGCCGUGGCGGAAAAGGCCGGCGAUGACUUCUACAGCAAGCGGCGGCACCUGGCAGAGCUGGCGGCCAAGGGCAACCUCCCCUUGCACCCCGUGCGGCUGGACCACAACCCCGGUGGCCCCUACAGCCCCGAGGAGCCCUGCCCCAAGCAGAACGGGCACAAAUCCAAAAUGGCCAAGGGCCACGGCGCCCACCCCAAGGCCUACAGCUGCAACAGCGUCACCAGCCCAGGAGCGCUGAAGGGCUGGGGCAGCACAGAGACCGCCGAGAGGCGGAAGGGCCACGCGUCCAAGAAGCAGUGCACCGUGGAGGAGGUCAAUGAGCUGCACACGGCCCGCGGCCAGCACUUCCACCCCUAUUUUGUCACCAACAGCAAGACGGAGGUGACUGUGUAGGAGGGAGUCAUUGGCAUGACCCCACCCUGCCCCCUACAGCCAACUACCCACCCACAC